AUGGCUGAGAUAGAAAAGGAGACGUUCAGGCGACUUUCGGAGCAUGAAGCAAAAUCAAUCAACAAAAGAGUUUCUCGUUUACAAGAAGAAGUACGACAACAGGAAGCAAGAGAACGUGAAUUACAAGAAGCACAUGGAAAGCUCAAAGACCAACAUUGGAAGCUGGAGCAGCUUGAGCUCAGAAGUCAAGCGACCGUCGGAGCUGAGCCAGUGCAAUACAAUCAGGCUGUGGAAGUGUGA